AUGAUUGCUCUACAGAUGCACCAAUUCGUCAGAACUACCGAUCCAGUCAAGUACACCCUCGCCGAGGGCGCACAAUACAUACCCAAAACUCACCUUCUCUCUGAAGCCCUGAAGUUCGAGAAGUCACUCGGCCUCCGCAAUGUCGUCCUCGUACAGCCUUCAAUCUACGGAACUGACAACACAUGCAUGCUAGACGCACUUCGCGCACUGGGACCAAAUCACGGGCGUGCGGUGGUGACCUUUGACCCGGAAACAAUUGACCCAGAAACCCUGCAACAUUGGCACCAGCUCGGGGUUAGGGGAGUCCGUGUCAAUACGCAAUCCAUCGGAAAACGCAUGAAGGAGGAGGAGAUGGUGACUAUAUUACACAAAUAUGCGGAUAUAAUAAGGCCGUACAAUUGGGUUUUACAGCUGUACGUGCCGCUUGAUGCUGUCAUUAUCUUGGAGAAGAUCGUGCCGAAGUUGGGAGUUACUAUCUGUUUGGAUCAUUUUGGAUCACCGGCUCUCAACGGCCAUUCGCAUUUUGAAGACCCGUACAGUCUUCCUGGGUUUCAAUCGCUGGUCAAUCUACUACUGCAAGGCACCACAUAUGUCAAGCUUUCCGCACCUUACAGGAUAUGUCGGGAUGAGGCGUGGGAAGAUUUAGAACCAUUGGCGAAAGAAUUGGUAAGAGUCGCCGGCAUGAGUCGGGCAGUGUUCGCUAGCGAUUGGCCGCAUACUCGGUUUGAGGGGUUGGAUAUCAAACCAUACAUUGAGGCAUUGAUAGAAUGGUGCGGGAACGAUGAUGCUCUGAUCGAGAGAGUUUUCAAAGGAAAUGCCGAAACUUUAUGGGGAGUAUGA